AGUUACCUGUUUACAUGUAGUCCAGAGCUUCAGCUGAUGUUGCAGUUGAGUGCCAAAUAUGCAAGGUGAUGCAAGACUGGAAAUGUUUUGGCUUGUUUUCUAAUCCAUGAAUUCUCUAACUGACAGUGUUUCAAAUAAGAUAGCAACAUCUAUGUUUUCUGGCUUGCAGCAUGUCAGCAACAUCUAUGUUUUCUGGCUUGCAGCAUGUCUUGAUGUACUCAAGGAAACAGCACUGGUGAGAUAAAACCACAAAAUUCUGAUGAUAACAGCAACUAUCUGAGCAAUUGAAGUACUAUAUAGUUAUGAACCCAAGACAAAUUGAAGGCAUGGUUAUUGGACAAUGAUUCUGAAGAAAUGCAUUAGAAUUUUUCAAAGAAUUUACUGAUACUGUAAGCUGCUGUCGCUACAGGUGAAGCUGAAGACAUAAAGAUAGUGACUACUCUUGUUGAUUGGAAUCAACUACAAUUUCUAUCAGCCUUUUGCUUUGGUUCAGUGGAUUUUCCCAUUCAUUUACAAUCCUACGUAUUACCAUUAUCAGGAAUCUCAUGUUGAAGAAACAAACAGCUCAGGAGGUCAUGCCAUACUUUUACCCGCAUUAGUUCUGACAAAUCAACUCAAUUUUUGUAACCACUGAAAUUCCUGGUUUAAAGUGUAAGCACAUGCUGGCAUAUCUUUAUUCUAUUUUAAAGCCUAAGCACAUGUAGACAUGUCCUUUGUUCUUAACUUGCAUCCAUUUAACAUUUAGAUUCUGACUCCAUACCAGGGGCAUUGCUUUUGCCCAAAACCUUAUUCUUGUACCCUGACAGAAGUUACAAGAUCAUCUUUGCCAAUGUUACUUGAUGCCAUUAUUUUUAUUUAUCUGAAGCCGAUUCUCAUAACACAUGAUCAUAGACUUUCUAUGCAUUGUGCAGUCUCCCAAACUUCUGUUCCAUAUACUGGAUGUUUCACGGCAUUGCAGAAAAUCUGAACUUGAAAUAAAUAUGACUGUUGUUAUGCAUCGUUUGUUGAUAGAGACAAAAUGAUUGUUGCAAGCAAGAAUCCAUACCUUCCCCUUUGCCUUUACACUUUUCCUUUUCCAUUUAUGUGGUGUAAGGUAGCAAGGCAAGCAUUUCGUCUUUUUUGUUUCUUUAAAUACCUGGUAGUGAGGCCUGUUGUCAUCAUCCCUCAUUGUCUUUUCACAGCUUGAGCAAGAGAUCAAGCAAAUCAAAAGGAAACAUGGCAGCGGGCUUGCAAGUGUUUGGCCAGCCAGCAUCUACCGAUGUUGCCAGAGUUCUGACUUGCCUUUUUGAGAAGAAAUUGGAAUUUGAGCUUGUCCGCAUUGAUACAUUUAAGACACAUCACAAGCUUCCUGAAUUCAUUAGGCUGCGGGAUCCGAAUGGGCAGGUGACCUUCAAGCAUGGUGACAAAACUCUCGUUGAUUCAAGAGAUAUAUGCCGGUACGUCUGUAACCAGUUUCCAAAUGAUGGAAACAAGACCCUUUAUGGAUCUGGGGCUCUAGAACGGGCAUCAAUAGAACAGUGGCUUCAGGCAGAAGCUCAAAACUUUGGCCCUCCCAGCUCUGCACUUGUCUUUCAGCUGGCAUUCGUUCCUCAUCUCAGCCAUCUAGGUGUUCGUCAGGACCAUGCUGUUAUCGCUGAAAAUGAGGAUAAACUGAAGCAGAUCCUUGAUGUUUAUGAUGAAAUACUCUCGAAGAACGAAUACCUGGCUGGUGAUGAAUUCACCUUGGCUGACCUUUCCCACCUUCCAAACUCGCAUUAUAUCGUUAAUACUGAAAGAGGAAGGAAGCUCUUCACUAACAAGAAGAAUGUGGCAAAGUGGUAUGACAAAAUCUCGAAGCGCGAGACAUGGGCGCAGGUCGUCAAGAUGCAGAAGGAGCAUCCCGGUGCAUUCGAGUAAUGGCUUAAUUUGGCAAGCAACGAAUUUAUCUUGAAUGGCUUCAUUGUUUGUGUCAGUCUGGCUUCUACAGUGCAGUGUUCUUUAGUGACCCAUUGUUUCGCCCAUCAGCGUUCUCGUGUCAACCAAAAUAUUGUGAGGCCCUAUUGUGCUGUAUGAUCUUUUUUGUUUUGAAACACGUUUACCUCCAUGUGUCGACUGAUCCCAGAUUAAUAAAAUUGUCCCUUUUUCCUA